UUUUUUUUUUCUUACAGGCAUCAGUUUUGAAUGUCAAAGAAUCCAAGGCUUCUGAAAGAACUGUGAAAGUUGCCGGGCUUCCAGUUGGUGCUUCUGGUCAUCAGCUACUGACCACAUUAGUGAAGAGCUACUUCCGAGAGGCCAGGAAUGAGGGUGGAGAUGUUGAAGAUGUGAUGUAUCCAACAAAAGCCAAGGGUGUCGCAUAUAUAAUAUUCAAAGAAAAAAAAGCUGCAGAGAACAUUGCUAGAAAAAAGAAGCUCUGUUUGGCCAAGAAGUUUGGAUCCAUUCAACUCACUGUCUGUCCUUUUACCACGGAGGUUUUUCCUUCUGUACAUGCAGUCCUUGAUCUUUCUGUUUUCCGGAGUCAUUGCAGUCUAGAAAGUCUGGUCAGGGAUCUGCAAAAGAUUCCAGCUCUGGUUUGCAGCGUUUUGGAUCACCAUGGAAGAAUUGCUGUUCGAGGAUCAUUUCUGGCUUUUGAGACACUCAAAGAAUCUUUGCUACUCAAAACACAUUCUCUCUUAGAAGAAAACCGGAGUCUUGUCAAGGAGAGCAAGAAGAGCAGUGGACAGAAUUCCAACAAGAGUCUACAGAGAAGCAGUAACUAUGUGGGGACACUCAGAUCCUCGGUACCCAAGACGGUUUCAAGUGGGGAAACACUUGUGCUUGACACGGAUGUUUUCCUUUACCUGAAAAACAAGAGCCCAUUUUAUGAACACACACUGAAAAAGUUUCAUGUGCGGUGUCAGGAGAGAAUGGAGGGGGGAAUCAGCACAAUCCAUAUAAAAAACACCCACGAGGGUUCUCGGCACAACCAUGCCAAACGAGUAAAAGGGUUCCUUGAGGGUGUCUCAGUCACCCUUCAUUCCCAGCUUAGAAAAGAGAGACUUGUUUUGGAAGGAAAGGAAAGUUCAGAAAAAAGGAAAAUCAAGUUGGCAUGUGAGCAGCUCUGUCUCAAGUACGAUCGGGUUCUGGUUAAUCGUUCCAGGACACAUAUUGACAUUAUAGGAUCCUCUUCUGACAUUUACUUGUUCAAAAAUGAUGUGUUGAAAUUGGCAGGGCUGGAACCCAGGUAGUAGUGGUAAUGAUGAGCAGGGCAGUGGCUUUUCCUCUGAGCAGGGAUGACGCUGUACUUGACUGUAGUCCUCACCGCUACCUUCACUGUAGGCAUGUGGAAAGUGGAGAUGUCACAGCACUUCACAUAUACAACUGGCUUGGAAUAGGGCUGCAGUUAAACACAGUCUUAUCUUACUACAAAGAUCCCAGUUAUUCAACUUAAUAAAGGCUGACUAAACUUUGAA